GUACGUACACAUAAAAGUCUGCAAAAUGGACUGGAUUUCGAGCGUGUCAUUUCCGACUGCAGAUUUUUACAUGAUAAUUUGAUAUUAAUUAACUAGACACUUAGAGCAUAGAGGUACAGAAUUUGAUUUUUUCCUGCUUGAUAACCAGGAUGGAGGAAUUGCCUCUCACCACAUUUACCUUUGAUCUCUGACGAUGACAACCUGUCUGUCACCCAAGAAACACCGUCUUGUCUGUGAGUUGGGAGCUCUGGUCAGCCCAGUGGUGCAGCAGGAGGAUGGACGGAUACGUCACUUUGACAAAGAGACGGGCCUGUUGCUAUGGAGCUGCGUUGCCAUGGAUGAGGUCAAAGUUCGUAAUGGAUUGAUAACUGCAGAAGCCGUGUACGAAGAUCACGUCGUCAGCCUGGCUCCUUACUGUCACGCUGUGCACCAGUGGGUUCUUUGUCUCCAGGAUGCAGACAUCCAAGACAGAUACAAGAAGCAUCUAGAGUGGACGGGUAACACAGAGCUUUUCUUGGACUGUUUCAGGAAGGCGAGAUCAAAUCAACCGGUUGAAGCCAGCUUGAGCAUAUUGCUGUCAACAGCAGCCUUGGAAAGAGCUCUAGGUGACGUUUUUCUCAUGAAGAGUAAGGACCCCUGCCCGGCAAUGCUCAAGAAUCUCUUGGCCACUCAGGAGCUUGUGGAUACCUUGGGAGAAAAUGCAAUUUCUCUUCUACGCAUUCUUAUUGGUCCACCAGUCAGUCUCAAUCUGCGCAACAUAUUGUGGCAUGGCUUCGCCGCUCCGGAGGAAAUUCCACAAAGGUACAGCACUUUCCUCCUGAUAGUAGUUGCAAGUUUAGGUGCUUGGCUUGCACAGCGUGGUAUCACUGCCAGCUGUAUACCACACAGAGAGCCACUCAAGAUACCACAGACGGACACUGAUGUCUUCAAGCAAAUAUUCCCAGAAAUCUGCAAUGAUGACCUAGGUCAUUUAUGGGAGCUGUAUUCAACCAGCGAGUUCUUCCAUAAGCCCAUGCUGCCUUACUGUCAAGCUGCCUUGGACUACUGCAGGGAGGAAAAAUAUGGGAUGACAUGCGUGUUGCUGCUACCUCAGCUGGAGAACGGUGUAAGACGUUUAUUUGCGACAGCCAAUAAUUGCCCAGACAGAAUAUUGACAGCUGAAUCAGAAUAUUUCACGACGUUUGAUGAGAUGCUAUGUCCAUACCUGUCAGAUGAGACUGUCAACAAUGCAUUGAUCCCAACAAUUGGAGAGACUUACAUGGAGAUGCUCCUAGAUAUCUUAGUCCAUCCAGAAGGCCCCAGGCUACGAGAUCACAUCAGUCAUGGGGAGCUGGACCUACAGACAAUGACUAGAGCCACCACUAGCCAUGUCAUGUCUAUCUGUGCGGCAUUCUGCUUGAGGGACUGCCCACAUCAGUCACUGAUUCAGAUACCCCUGUUCAGUAGGAUAAAAAUGACUGCCGAAGACUACGCCCCGCUGUUCCACCCAGUAUCACUCCUCAAGAGAGAGCUCCUGACCUUCCUAGAAUCUCUGUCGCAAUGGGUUGGAAUAAGCAGGCCAGACGAAUCGGGGGAUAUCGGGUACCAGACCUGGUCAAGCACAGAAACUGGUAGCGACCAAUCGGCACGCGAUGCAGCAAGUAGUUUACUCGCAUUGCAUGAAGGCAUGCCCGGAGCAACUGAAGACCUUUUACAGUGUGUAAUGAUGCCUUUUGCUGAACUCGAGCCUCUAGUCAUCUGUGUGUCUGAAUCAAUAGGAAAAACUUUGUUCAGGCCCCGAAGAGAACUUGAAGUCGUAUCCUUACUGCGACGAAUCACUGCCCAGUGUUUAGCGUCUUGCCGUAAUGUGAAGGACAUGGCCGAAUUGCGGUACCAACAAUACAAAGCCAAGGAACUCAGGUCACGACAGCGAGCCAACUACACAAGGCUGCUCAACUGCAUACCCAGAGUGUCCUGUGGCCUGAGGCUGGUCGCGCUGAUACUGCUCUGUCAACUCAGAAAUCUUUACAGCAUCUCGUGCUGUGCUUCUAAGGAAGCUGAAUUUCUUCUCAAGUUUUUGAAGGCUGUUCUUCGAUACGCUGAGAACCUCAACAGUCUGACCAGUCCGGAGAAGAACAAAUGGGACGAAUGCUGCGGCCUGACUGACUCACUGCUUCAACAAGUCAAUUCCCACUGCGCAAAGCUAAAAAAGGCACAACCGAGCGCAUAAAAGAGAUUUAUGGGUCUCAAAUCACGCGAGUUCAAGAUGGGAGACAGCAAACAUGAGGGUACCGGCCCACCUACACCCCUCCAAAACAACUCGGGCAGUGCUGAACUAGAGUGGACACCCCAGACUAUCUUAGCAAUGGUCAGUGUGUCACUACUGACGAU